GCUUGGCUUCGUGUCUGGUUUCGUGCUUUAGCUUGUUUUGGUGUGUUCGGGUGGAGGCAGUGUUGGUCUGUGGCGUCGAGCUGGCAUUGUCUUGCAGAGGUCCUGUAGCUAUUCGUUUGCGGCUAAGAGAUUGUAGACAGAGCUUAUUGGUUUCUGUGUGGCUCUAUCUUCUUCUUCUUUUUUUCUUUUUUUUUUUUUUUUUCGUUUUUUUGUUUGUUUGUUUGUUUGUUGUUUAGAUGGCUAAGUGGGCCCUCUCUUUGUUGCACAUUGUGUUACGAGCUUGGUGUAUCGCCAAUGUAACCAUGGAUUCAAUCCGGUAGGAAGUUGAGCACGCACAUCUUCAGCGCUUGUUGGUUAUGAUAUGCUUACUCUAUGGAAGUAACGAGGGCUUGAAGUUAGGUUGAUAUAAUGCAGAGAAAGCAACCGUCUUUCUAGACUGGAGUGUGGUUACUCGUGUCGCGCAGUAGGGCUAACGUUUGUAUUUCAUGGAGAUGGAAAAGCACAUGAGGGAAAACUGGAAGCAAAAAAUAUGGGCCAGUUCAAGACAGCGAAUUGCUGACACCUAUCAACGUGCUUCUUCCAUCGAUGUAGAGGCGCUCUUGAAAAUUUCCGUUCUAGGAAACGUGGGUAACGAGAUGCUCAAGCAUGCGCAGCGAAAGACGUCUGUUAUAGGGAACGUGGGGAAGGACAUGCUCAACCACGCUCGGCGAAAGUAUGAAUCUAACGGCCUAGAGAAGCAUUUGAAGCUGAGGCAGUUCUUUACACGGUUGCGCUUGGGGCGCUUUGGAUAUUUACUGUUGGUAUUUGCCGCUCUUGGCACAUUGACUGUACCAUUGAUGUUCCAGGAUGCAUUACCUGCGCAGUUGGAUCAAGAUUUGGCAAGAGAUAUGAACGCACAGUACACUAAAGAAAGCAGAGGGGUUGAUGAACCUUUCAAUCGAAAGAUAAAGCUCGCAGAGGAGAAAAUUAUUUAUGAAGAAGGGAAAGAAUCAUCAGAAAUAGUUGGAAACGAACAUGGCCACUUAACUGGAGUAUCAGACACAGAAAAGAGCGAAGAAGACGAGUUAGCUUCCAAAGGGAAGACAGCAGCAUUGCUUGUUUCCGAAGACGUAAAGCUUUCUGAUCCUGCGCAGCUGUGGAGGAAACCUGAUCAAACAGAGGGGGAAUCAUCUGAAGUCCUGCAUGUCCCUUUUGACAGGAAGUCAGAAGUUGAUAUCUCUGGUGGAAGAACCGAGAGGCAGCACAAAAGAACACCAUCGAAGGCUUCAAGACGGAGACGAAAUAGGUCGAAACAUUUGAGUGUCGUCGAAGAAGAACCCAAGCGCGCUCAUAGAAAGAAUGAAGCUGGUUUCCAUGACAGAAGAUCUGAACGGGGUGACAAGGUCGAUUCACAUGCAACUGUGUCAUCGGUAGAGGCCUUCUCAUCUAAUAGCAUUGAGGAAACAUCGAACAUAGCUCCUCCAGGAGCUCACUUCACUAAUGAUACUGAGGGGUCAUCCAAUGGAUUUAAUGAAGCUUUUAAAGAAGUGCUGAAGCUUGCAAGCGAAGCCAAUCAAACAGCAGGUAAAAACUCUGUUCAUUUGCAGGAAAAGAAUUCGGUGACAGAGUCCUUAUCCGCUGAUAAAUCUGCUGAGCUCGAUGUGCAAGCGAUUGGAAGUGUUGAUGUGGUUUCUCAAAAACUUUCAGAAGAAAGAGAACAGACUGCUGAGAAUGGCACACUUGCUUCAGUCGGGCUUAAUCCCGAGGAACAUGACCGCGACAUAUCAGUACAUGAAGGCAAAGACAUUGAACUAGAGGUUUCUCAUUCUAAUCAGACCGAGUCCACGUCUGCCAGGGAAGAAGGUGCAAUUGAAACUCUCGAAGUGGUUCCAGUUGAGGAGAAAAAUAACCCCCAAAUUGUUAACCUGUCCGACAAGAUGGAAAACUCCCGUAACGAUGAAUCACAGACCAGCACAGCGAAUUCAGGAUCUGAGGGAACUACGACGGCUGGUGACACGAAGAUCAAUGCCUCGGAUUCUCGAGAAGAUGUCGGUAGCUCUAAUGAGUCGAACAUCGUCCAAGGAAGUGACCCUGUGGUUGACGUAGUUGAACCUAGCAGAGAAGCCAAUAAUCACUUGCAGAGUUCUAGUGCUGUAGAUGGAGGAAAACUCGCCGAUUCUAUGGAAAAUAAUAAAAAUACCCCAGAUUCACAGGACGAGGGCAACUCUAAGGUAACUGGUGCGGUAGACGGCAGUUCCUCCGAAGAACAUGAAAUGCAAACUGAAGUUCGUCAAGAGAACAGCAAUGAGUUACCUCAAGAAUCUGUGAUAAUCUCAUCAUUGAGACAGAGAGCAGCAUCUGGUACUCUAAGAUCCGGAUUGUUGAACGUGGAGGCGAUAGAUUUGCAGCACUGGCAAUUUCUUGCUGGUGAAAGUCCUAUAGUCGUGCCACUUGAGAGAGUGAACGAGGGUAUGGACUGGACUGAAUUCUAUCCAGAAUGGAUCGAUGAAGAAGAAAAGUACGGAACUCCAAAGUGUCCUGCAGUUCCUAUGCCAAAGGUCAGCUCAGAAGUAAAGCUGGAUAUGGUGAUUGCACGUGCAUCUUGCUCUGUCUCCUCAUCACUCCAUGAAGUUUGGAAACAACCCGCUUCCCUACAGGUCCUACUUGGAGCUGCAAGUCUUGCUGUGAAUGCAGGGAACGGGAAUGUUUAUGUGCUCAUCUUGAGUGAAUGUCGGCCUCUUGUGAAUCUUUUCUCGUGUGGAGAACUUCUGGAGCACCGUGAUCAGGGCUGGCUUUAUCAAGUUAAUAUAGAGCAACUUAGAAAGCGGAUUUCGAUGCCUGUUGGGUCGUGCCAGCUUUCAAUUCCUCUUGAAGGACAAGAUUCCUCAUUGAAAAUGGGAGAUUCGGACUCGCAGAAAGAGGCAUACGCUACCAUUCUUCACUCUGGAUCAGAUUAUGUGUGUGGAGCAAUUGCAACGGCUCACAGUAUCCGCAAGUCGGGUUCUACCAGGGAUCUUGUCAUACUUGUGGAUAGCAGUAUUUCGCCUGAGCAAAGGCAAGCACUGCAGGAAGCUGGGUGGAAGGUUCGUGAUUUGGAAAGAGUAUAUAAGUCGUACACAGUUGAAGGGAAGCAAUACGAGAGAGACUUCAGCAGAUUUCGGUUGUGGCAGCUUACUGAAUACAACAAGGUCAUUUAUGUUGAGGCGGAUGUUCUUGUGCUUCGCAACCUUGACCAUCUUUUUACGAUGCCAGAAAUUUCGGCAAGUGGAAGCACCAAGACCUUGUUCAAUUCUGGUGUGAUGGUCAUUGAGCCUUCGAGUUGUACUUUUCAACUUUUUGUGGAUGAGAUGGAGAAGAGUGAAUCAGAGAUUGGUGGUGACUGGGAUUUCUUCAACAGAAUUUUCCCUUGGUGGCACCGAAUUCCUAGACACAUGAAUUAUCUGAAGUAUUUCUGGACAAGAUCACGAACCAGUGAGGUUAACUACUCGAACAGGCUGUUUUCCUCGGACCCUCCUCAGUUGUAUGCAAUUCAUUACUGGGGAUACAAACCCUGGCAAUGCUUUAGAGACUACGACUGCAACUGGAAUUCCAACCAGCAUUUUGCUAGUGAUGAAGCCCAUGCUCGAUGGUUCAAGGUUUACGAUGAGUUACCAGAGAAUCUGCAGAAACAUUGCGCACUCUCUACAGGCACAAAAGCGUAUCUUGAACAUAACAGGAGGACAGCUGAGGCCGCAGCACUAGAAGAUAAGCACUGGGCUAUCACCAUCAAAGAUCCUAGGCUGAAUGUCUGCCAAGAAGGUCAUUGUGACUGGAAGGCACUGCUCUCAAUCUGGGACAAGACCGUCAACACCACAAGUGCGGUGGUGGUCUCGACCAGGUGAGAGCAGGAACGAGAUGUCCUGUGUAACUGACGCUGGUAACAUUUACCAACUCCUUCGUUCAUGGAUGAACACCUCUACACUGCCGCGAAGAAUGACAAUUAUGAAGAUCAAUGAGUUUGGUUUCUCAAGUCACCUCUGCUCAAAAUAGGGAGAUUUCUUACAAUUCUGAGAGCUUUUGAUAAUAUUAUCAUGUCAAGACAUUCUAGUGCUGAAUAGGGAGGCUUUCUAGUACUUGGCACGUGACUUCAGAAUCUUCUGGAGAUUGCAUGUGUGAGAAUCUCAUUUCUCGUGGUCAUCCCAAACCUGGCUGAAUUCCUAAAGCCAUUCAAAGUUGUUCUGCAAGUGAAGAACCUCAACGACUUUUGCUCGGAAGAUGAGUCACUUUUGGGAGUCUCUGAAGCAUGUUGAGGUUUGCAUUCCGCUUUGAGUGUGAAUCGGCACUCGCUUCAGCCUCAGGAUGCCUAUCACCAAAGUUGAAGUUAGCAAUAUGGUUGAGACCGUUCAUGUGAUUAUUAUUCAGUUGGUCUUUGUAACAAUAUCUAUAAUCAAUGUAUUCACAACUAGGUUUUCUUUAGUUGAGUAUCAGCUGCUUCCUGGACGCGUGCGGCUCUGCAAACCAUGAAUAAUUUAAUUGAAGUACUUUUUUUUUUAAUCAAA